AUGCCGUUUGGUGCGGCUUACGUAACGGUCCUGCACCCGCGCCACCACAUACUCAACGGUAAAUUUUUUACGGGUCCACUCCGGCCACUAAAUGACAUCUUGGUUGAUGUGUCUAUAGCUAAACAACUCUGCCCUAUGUCGAUCCUCCAGCCUGAUACGGUCCGCCCACCGCAGGUGCUGUCCGAACAGCCCCCCUUGCGGCUGUCCCCCCACAUAGCCGUCCUGGUCCCCACCCCCACCAGACCCGCUCACUCCCCCAGUCCCUCUCCUGGUGUUCCCCAGGAGCCUCCUGCUCCCUCGGCUGCUGCCACAGGCAAGACCCAGACGGUGUUCAUCCACAAGCUCUACGACAUGCUCCACGACCCCACCAUCUCCCACUUGAUCUGGUGGGCCCCCUCCCACGACUCGUUCUGCCUCCUUCCGGGCGAAGACUUCUCCAAGGUGUUGAGCCAGUACUUCAAGCACACCAACAUCGCCUCGUUCAUACGGCAGCUCAACAUGUACGGCUUCCACAAGGUCAACGACACCUUCCAGAACUCCGAGAAGGAGUCCGCGGCUGCGCUCGCUGGCGGCUCCUCCACCACCUCUGCCAACAAGUGGGAGUUCCGUCACUCAGCCAACCAGUUCCGCAAAGGCGACGUGGACUCGCUCAAGCUCAUCAAAAGACGCUCGUCCAAAAACAUUAACUCCCACAAGGAAGUCGUCAACUUGAAGUCCCUUCCUCCCACCUCCAACCCCAUCGGCCCUCCCCACUACGCCUACCCGCCAUACUAUUCCGAGGACGAGUCUGCCCACCCAGGAGCCCACUCAAGACACCAUUCCGCCGACAGCCUGUACCACCAGGCACUUCUGGUCCAGCACCAAACAGUGUUAAACGGCACGUUUCCGCCCCAGCCCCUGGGCCCUCCGCCUCAAUACAAGCUUCCUCCCACUGCCUCGACUCCAGGACCCGAGCCUCCUACCCAAGGAAGCAAUCAUUCCACCCCCCAGUUCGCCCACGCCCAUCCUCACGAAGUUCCCCAUGGUGCUCCCUCUCCCCAGGGACAUGCUCCCUUGCACUACCACCCUCACAUCCAGCACCAGCAGCCCCAACAACCUCCGUCCGGUGCUCCUGUGCCGCCUCCCCUCAAAACUUCCCGCUCAUUUGAGAACUCAAUCAACUUCAAAUUCCUCGACUUGAACAAUCAAGUCAACUCCCUCAAAAACGAGUUGUCUGCCAUGAACUCCAAGUACGAUACCGUUCUCCUUGAGCUCAAACGCAACCUGUCGGACACCUUGCAGAUCUUGGAGAUGUUCGAGAACUUGAUCCAAUCAGCCCCUGCAAAUGACACCCAAGUCAAGCGAGAAAAUCCCGAACCUGAAUCGGAUAGACCCACAAUCAACUCCAACAUAUUCAAUCGUGCCGAGAACAACCGCACGCCCGUGAAUACGCCUGCCACUCAGGCCCUCCGUGAAAAAGAGGACGAAGUUAAUACUUCGCCCAUGUCAGUUGUCCACUCCAACAAAAACCCUGCUGGAGCCGCUAUUUCCAAUCUGGAGCCCUUAAAAGCAAGCGCGCCGUUGCUCAACGAAAUUUCAAAGUUCAAGUCGGUUUUAUUGCAAAGAAUAAAUCAGAACACCUUAAACAACGUCAACAUCUCCUCCAACGCAACCGGCCCUGCCUACCACCUCAACACCCCCAACUUCAACUCAGCAACCUCCAAAAAACCAUCGAAUUCUAACCUCCACAUUGUUCCCCAGUACUACCCACUUAACCCUCAUUACACCAUUUACAACCCCCAUCGACACCCGGGCAAGGUCAGCACCUCGCUGCUCAUAUCCAACGAUGAGCAACAGCCAGGCCAACCCCCAUCCCAAGUCCAACAACAGAACCCCAGAAAUAUGUCGGUGUUUGUGGACCCGUUACAACCAAUUCCAUCAAGACAGUCCAAGAUUCUUUGCGAUGAAAACCAACCAGGGCCCCAAGGCAACCAGGGAUCGGCAGCUGCAAACAGUUCAAACGCUUACAGGAUGAGAGCAGAGUCCAAAAGCUACAGCCCCUUGACAAUUGGUGGUGCCAACGCUGGGCCUACCAGCUCCGUCAAGCCAAACCCAUCACAACCAGCUACCAUGGUGGCAGGUGCAGUGACAGCUUCGCCGAGCCAAAUUGGGUCCUCAUCAUCAAGAUCUUCGAUAUAUGAUAACAUAAAGGGCGGGCUUCCAGAGCUCAAGAACUAUCGUCAAUAUCCUUUUCCUAACAUGAGCAAUAAUGGAACCGAAAACAGCAGUGGAUCUAAUACCCCAUCUCAUCCGAUCCAAUCUCAGCUUCCUCCCCAUACAAGUGCAAUCACCCACCAUCACAAGCUUUCUGGAAGCAGGACCAACUCGUUACCGAACCCCCAAAUUGACCACACCCAAAACUUAGAUGGUGCACCAACAUCAGCAGGCCCUGGAAAUCCUGAAGCAAACCACUAUCAUAGUCAGAGAAAUUCUUUCACUUCGAUGUAUGAACAUAAGCAUCCACACCCUUCCCAGCUGCAUUAUUACCCCAACAGUGUUCAUUUACCACCACCAACACCACAACUGCAACCUGGACUCAGUAGCAACAAUAGUGCUGCCAGUGGGGUGGCCCCUCUCGGAGCCUUGCAAAAGUCUUCGUCGGCCUCCACUUCAGGAAGUACCAUCCCAACCAUAAACACCUUGAGAUCUGAUUCUCCAAAGCCGUUGACCCCAACUCCUGAAGCAUCUGCUAAGCUCUUGGAUAUUGAUCCUCAACGUGUACCUUCCCCUAAUGUUGCCUCAAUACAAAGUGAGUCCAAAAACCAACUCCCAUCUGUGAGUGAGCUCGACAGAUCCAUUUCAAUAACCAACAUAACUGCCCGUCCGACAUCGCCUAGCAAAGUUGAGACGAAAUUGCAAUCAUUGUUGCACAAGGAAGAAAGUCCAGCAGAAAAGCCUACGAUUGGUGAAAAUGAGAAGAACGAGACCGAACCAGAUUUAAAGAAAAGAAAAUUAUAG